AGUCUCUCAACCACACGCUUUGCGGUAGUACAAGUUCGAAUCCCGUCCGUUCGGCCGUCGUCCGUGUAUUGUGGUGGAUCAGUAGGCGUAGAUCGUGAGGAAGAUCGUUUGGAUCGCCGCGGCGCUUGUUUGGUUCUCGUCGAAUGGUUGAUUUUUGCUUCCAGGGCUGAUUCACGAGACAAUUAGAUGUGUCAAAUCUGGACCGAAAUAGUUCAAUUAAAAACAAAUAGCUAGUAGUGGGCAAUGACUCUCGUUGGGGAGAUUCUUUGAGUGACGUUCUUUUUGUAAUUGGCGCUAAUUGGUUUGAUUGGAGAGGCAGCGCUUCAGAUGACGAAAUUGGCUGAGAUCGCGCGUCGCAGUUUUACCGACGGCAAUUGACGAUCCGUUUUAGUGAGCGUUGCGCGUGAUCGGGUUUAAAAGUUAAAGUUUGGCUUACUACGCCUAACAACGGAUGCACAACGAUUUUGACGCGUAUGAUUUUAUGAAAUUGCAAACUUGCGCAUUUCUUUUUAACAGUGUACAAGUCAUGUUUACGACGAUGAAGUGAAGAAAAGAUUGAAGCAAAUAAAUUGUGUGAAUUGGUAAUGAAUGUCAUUGCGUGUGGAACGAAGAAGGGCUUGUGACCUUACUGUGGAAUGAGUCUUUAAAAGCAAGUGGAAGAAAGAAGGCAAGAAGAGUAAGAUUUCUUUUCCUAGAAAUGAAUGGAUAUAUUACCUGAUCGUACGGUCCGUACGGUUGUUGCCUUGAAAUAUUUACGACCGAGCUCCGUAAGGAGCACCAUAAGGACGAGAGAAACCCGAAGAAAAUCCUACGAAAAUAUAAUAACCAUGAAGAAUGAAUAAGUGAAAACGCAAAUCAGUGUUUCUGUGUCUUUGAAUGUUUUGAAUUUUGAGUGUACAGAGAGUAAAUCAAGUGUGCGGCUAUGCCGGAGAAGGAAACAUUUCACGAGCACAUGCAGGUGCACCCGUUUCAUCAUCCGGGUCAUCCGUUGGCCGCGGCCGCUCAUCAUCAUCCGGGAUUGGCCCAUGGUCUGGCAGCGGCAGCGGCGGCCGCAAACGGGGUCAAUCCAGCAGCCGCCGGCGGUGGUUAUGGCCCUCUGCAGAUCCCGUCGGCUUUUGUGGCGUUUCAUUCGCAGCUACCCUCGAUGGACCAGCGGGCUCACGAUGGCCGCUAUGGACUCUGGGACCCCACUGGGCCCCCUCCAUACCAUCAUUCGACGUCUCACGGAUUGGCUAACAAUGCAAAUUUCGCCGAGUUGCAAUUUUUAAGCGCCCGCCGAGCGGCCGUAGCAGCGGCAGUGGCCAACGCAGAAGCAGCCGCCGCUGCCGCCGGUAGUACAGUAUUACCCAUCGUGCCGCCGCCGCCACCGCCCCAUUCUUCGGUGUCGCCCCCGGCCACGUCCUCAGAGCAACAGGAGCGAUCUAGUAGCAGUGGCGGUACCAUGACAACGGCAGCCGGAGCUGUCGGAGGAGGAGCCAGCCCAGGGCUUCCCAAUGCCAAUGGUGGCGGAAGCUGCAGUCCACCCAGUGGCGGCCAGUCUGCUGGACAGACGACGCUGCCAUCGGUGCCGGUGCCCCAUCCGGGUGACUUCCACCCGGCCUACAGGAUACCCGGCUACAUGGAACAUCUCUACUCGCUGCAACACGCGUCCGCCUCGCUACAUGGUCUCGGUCUCACCUCGGAGUACCUCAACGCGCGGAACGCCAUAGCCGACCUGCACCCGGCGAGUUCCCUGGCCAGUGCCGACUUCCACUUCAGCAUCGAUGCUGCCAGCCGGCUCAACUCGCCUCGGCCCGGCAGCAUACGGGCCAGCGUCAGUCGGAAGCGUGCUCUCUCCACAUCGCCAUACUCGGACUCGUUCGACAUCAGCUCGAUGAUCCGCUAUUCGCCCAACUCGUUGGCCUCGCUGGUUAAUGCGUCGCGCAGUAGCAGUGCCAGCGGAUCGUACGGCCACCUGUCGGCGAGUGCCCUCGCACCGGCACUCGGCGUCCACGGUGGAAUGCCUCCACAUCUGCAGCACCUGUUGAGAAGUAGUGGAUUCCUGCAUUCACUGCCUGGACAUCAUCCUCCGACUGCCAGCAUGUUCUCACUGCCACCUCAUCAUCCGCUGCACCCGGGACACUCUCUAACCAAACCACAGCACAUCGCCGAUCUCUCGAGCAAGAAGCCGGAACAGCCCAGUUCUACGAACCAGGUGACACGUGUCGAGGCGGACAGCGCCAGCAAUGCCCAGCAGAAGAAGUCCCGCAUUAAACGGGAACCCUCCGUCAACGUUCCAUUGCAUAAGGGAAGCCCUCCACAUGGAUCGCCUAUGAUUACCUCCAACCACCAGCUGAGUCCUACAUCAACUCAAGGUAUGACUAACGGAACCAACAGUGUGUCCGCGGGAGCGACAUCUACGACGCACCAUCUUCAUAACAGUCACCAUCAUCACCACAUGAAUGGAACCGGAUCCACGAUGGGAGGUGGCCACUCUGGGCUGAAUCUGAGCCCGAUGCACAAUAUGAUGGACGGAGGCUGUGGGCUCGGAGGUUCCAAGGUGGACUCGACGGACCCCAAGGAUGAGCCGGGAGAUUUCAUUGAAACCAAUUGCCAUUGGCGAGAUUGCUCGUUGGAGUUCAACACCCAGGACGAGCUGGUCAAACACAUCAACAACGAUCACAUUCACGCGAACAAAAAAUCUUUCGUUUGUCGGUGGGAGGACUGCUCCCGGGACGAGAAACCGUUCAAGGCACAAUACAUGCUGGUGGUGCACAUGAGAAGGCAUACUGGAGAGAAGCCCCACAAGUGUACGUUUGAAGGUUGUUGCAAGGCGUAUUCUCGAUUGGAAAACCUGAAGACGCAUCUGAGGUCGCACACGGGUGAAAAGCCAUACACCUGCGAAUAUCCGGGCUGCAGUAAGGCUUUCAGCAAUGCUUCCGAUCGAGCAAAGCACCAGAACCGCACCCACAGCAAUGAGAAACCAUAUGUCUGCAAAGCCCCAGGGUGUACCAAGCGCUAUACCGAUCCGAGUUCGCUCAGGAAGCACGUCAAAACGGUCCAUGGGGCGGAUUUCUAUGCCAACAAGAAGCACAAGGGCAACGGGCACCACCACGGAAAUGGCGGAAGUGGCCAUGGCGGAGAUGGCGGCGACGAUGGAGAGGGAUCCAACCAUAUGUUUGAUGGAAGCCCGAGAAGCGAGGACAUGCAGAGCGGCAAGACGACGAGCAUGAGCAGCCCAAGCAUCAAAUCGGAAUCGGACGUCCACUCGCCGGGACAACCACCGAUCAACAGUCCGAUGUCGAUUUCGGCAAUGACGGCUGGACUGGUCGAUGACUACGAUGGAAGCAGCAUGCAGUUGGGUAGCCUCGGAGCGAUCGAUGAUCCCGCCUGGCCAUACGUAGAUGAGGAUCUUGAGGUUGCCGACUUGCCUUACGUUCUACGAGAAAUGGUGGAUCUGGGUGGUCCUACGGCAGCAACUGCUACGGCUGGAACCCGUAGUAGUAAUCCGAGAAAUCGCUUCAAGAAUCGCAUCAACAUCAAGGGAUCUCUGAUGAGCAAUCCGCUGUCCAACAUCCCGGAGAUGAACGCUCACAACCGAAACUUUGGUCUAGGUGAACUGAAUCGAAGGAUUACCGAUCUCAAGAUGGAGCCGGGAACAACUCCCCCGCCGCAACCAUCGCCGAUUUCAAAUAAAAACUGCCCAACGGAUCUUGGUAACCUGAGACCUCCAACAACGGGUCCAUCCUGUACCAACACGAUGAUGACCAACGCGUACCUCAAUCCGGGACAACUGCGACGGGAUAGCAACAACAGUACGACCAGUAGCUCAUACUACAGCAUGCGAUCGGCAGAUAUCAGCCGACGAAGUAGUCAGGCUUCACAGCAGAGUUCCAUCUCCACGAUGCGUCCCAGCAGUUACUACAAUUCGUCCUUCUACGAUCCGAUCUCACCCGGAAGCUCACGGCGGUCAAGUUCAAUGUCUACGGCUACAACCGGUGGCCAAAGCUUACCGCCGCCUCCGUCCUCGCAUCUGAUCUCAACGCAUCUGCAGCGGUUCAACACACAGGGUUCGAUGGGUCAUAGCCAUGGUCAUCCAGCAGCCGGAAGCUCACGGCAUUCGAUACCGAACAACAUGAGCGGAGGAAGUUACUACCAUCAGCAGCAAAUGCUCGGCCAUAUGGAUAGGAGAAUGUCCGAACCAGUCGCCGGAAAUCAGCACGCAGGUCAGUACGGCACUGGAGCAGGAAUGGUUGGUCGACCUAGCUCCACAGUUCCCAAGAGCAGUACAGUAACUUCAGGAGCUGCUUCAGCUGCCACCGCUCCUCCAACAAAGGUUCCUUCACCCGCUACCAAUAAGCUUCACCCGAAUCAGGAAGUAGUUCUUGACGAAGUUGAGGAAGAUGAAAUGGUCGAAAACAAACUGGUCAUUCCAGACGAGAUGUUGCAGUAUUUGAACCAGGUUGCCGAUCAGGAAAGCAAAGUGACAGUACAGCAAGGAAUGUCUACGCCAAACUCCGCUACUACUCCAGCAGAUGCUUGCGCAUGGAAUCCGAACGAGAACUCGCCUCCAGCUUACCCCGGGGGAGCACCACCUCGUCCACAACCUCCAUCCACUGCUGGCUUCAAUCAACCGCAGUCAAACCUGAACAAGGUUCUAAUGAGCCCUCAGUCCCAAUACAGCAACGACGAUUGCAGUAUGAUGAGCAAUGUGAUGUCUCCGCAGACUCCUCAGCACCAGAUGAUGUCUCCAAUGAUGCCCGCCGAAAGUGCCGGGCCUCUCACCCCUUCCAAUUAUGGACCUCAACCACAACCCCAGCGACCUGCUCCUCCCGUCCAGUGUCAAAUCCAAAACUUCAACGGCCAGAUCUUCAACAACAAUUUCCCUCAGAAUCAACCGCCGCAACUCAGGCAAAUUGCUUGCUCGAAUCUGAUCGGCUACUUCCACCGAACGGACCAGAGCGCCCACCAUUGCUGUCUGGCUAUGAUGAUGCAAGGGUCCCUACACAUCAAUCAACCUUCCGGGUCCUCGGCCCCCACCUCCAAUUCCGCUCAACAGUACAAAAACCCCUUCAGCUUCAGCAACCCCAACACUUUCCCACCAUGCCAACAAUCCCAAACCGCUCCACCCCAGCAGCCCUCAAACCCGGCGGACGUAGAAAUCCAGUGUGGCGACAUCAGCCAAUCCCAACUGUCCCCUCCGGUCGUUACCAACCCUGCAGUUCCUUCACCCUCCACACCACCAUCCCAACCGCAACCUGCUCCGAAACCCAUGGAAAGCAGCCUACAAACGCCACCGCUCCCUUCCACUCCAACCGGAUUCGGUGAAACUUCAGCAACUGUCCCCUCGACACCCCACACGAUCGCCGCAACCGUUCCUCCUCCGCCAACGGCGACAACUGCCGGCCAGUCCACCAUGGGUUCGGACACCUACCAGCGCACCCUCGAAUACGUUCAAAACUGCCAGAAUUGGGUCGAAUCCGCUGCGGACAUGGUCAGCAGCAGUACCCAUCCGACAGGGGCGAACGCGGCGGGAGCCACGGCCGGAACCACGACUGUGCCACCUCCUCCUCCACCGGUGGCCUCCUCCAAUCUGGUGAUCAACGACAUGAGCACCUCCCUCAGCUCGUACUUCGAGGAGGAUCGCUACUUGCAGAUGAUACAGUGAAUGCAUUCGAAGCUUCUUCGACUUAGAUAAAUUGUGUUUCGUUCUUCCACUCAGACUCUCAUUGAUUGAGACAAACUAUUUUCUUUUUAAAAUAUAUGUUUUUGUUUUUUUCUUUAUGAAUCGAUCUAGGCUAGCUUUAGGCGUUUAGUUUAGGGAAACGUUUCUUCUCAGUGAUCGCAAGCCGUAUAGUUUAGAAGUUAAAGAGCGUGAAAUGAACGUGUCGAUUUCACUCAGUGUGAGAGUAUGUAGAGAAAUAUUUUACAAUUCGUUCGGUUAAGUGCGCGCAUUUCGUAGCCAUGUAAGAUUCUAAGUUUUGACUUUUGAAACCAUGAGAACAAAGACGAUAGAUUUCCUGUAGUAUACUUUUUUAUUGUUCCACGCGAGAAAUAGUAGGACGCUUGCGCGAAUAAGUGUGUCAUUUACUUAAAAGACGGUAGGUGACUGUAAUUAUACGUUUAACUAGAUGAAAUAUAUUACAGAAUGGUGUGAAAUGAAUAUUUUCGUUAUGGAAAACAAUUCAAACUUAAUGUGACAUUACUGUUAAGCAAAUGCGUGUGAAUGCUAAUGAUGGAUCAAACUAUGAGUGAAAAUAUAAUAGAGUAAAAGAAAAAAGUUAUCAAAAGGCAUAGGAUUAAAUGAUCGGAGACAAAAG